CGCAUUUGUGGGAGGUAAAACAAACCAUUUUCUAUACUUUUUUGUGGAUAUAUGGCAUAAGUUAAGCAAUGUAGAUUUACUACUUUAUGAUAUAUACAGGUCUGCCGGUUAUCGAUGGGAAAUUCUUCUAAUGGUUGGUCACAAUGUGAUGUUUAGUGUCGAGGCUACACAGGCAGUUGCUAGCUUCUGAAUAAGUUUGACGCUCGAAUUUUGUUUGCAGACGAAGCAAGACCAAGUGUUUGGUGCUUUGCAGUGUACAUGGACGGCUGUAGUGAGACGAUACAAAGUCUGCAUAUUAUCAGGACACUCUCCUGGGAAAGAAUAAAAAAUGAGAAUAAAUGACAUAAACAAACCUUGAACCAAGCCCUAGGAGGGAAUGUAGUAACUCACCUUGGCCAUGUAGCCUAAUGACGUAGUAUGCCUAAGGUUCGUCCUACGAUACAACGUCCAAUCUGUUUCCCAUUAACCAUUUGAAUGGUCCAUGGCAAUAAAUUGAAGAAUGUAAGCAGAAGUUCUUAAGACAAGCCAAUGUAGGGUCUGUGCCAGAAGUACGGGUAGGCUAGAUUGUUUCAUGGCAUACUGUAUGACUACAUGUAAGAGCGGACAUCGCUUUUUGAAAAAAAAAACAGAAGUUUACACCCAGUUUCACAAAGCGACACACAACAUUUUCUUUAUCGUACAUAUGUCGUACAGUAUUUUGUAUGUCACUAUUAAUGUACCAUUGUGCUAUAUGUGCGAUAUCGUACAAGUAUGACAUCUUUGUGAAAGUGGCCCAUGUUCCCGUCUCCACUGCCAUUAUGUACUACAAGCCACAAAUGCAUUUCUAGAGCUGUGCGAGAUGUGUUUUCAGUCUGGCUAGUACCAUGGAAUCUUGCCUUUAGCUGCGUUAGUUUGUGACAGCCACCAGCCUGUCUCCUCCAUAUCCGCAUGAGCUUAAUUGCAGGACUUCUGAAAUACUGAAUCUGCCUGUUAAGAAAGCGGGACUCUAGCAAAACAAUACAGCUAGACCGCAGGAUUUUAUGGCUAUUGGUAGAGUGAAUAUACCUCUUGCAUAUAGUCGGGUCUGUCUGCUCUAUAGUGGUUACUGUAAAAUCACAUCAGGUCGCACAAGUGUAGCCAGUAGACCAUACUGAAAAGCACGUCAAAGAUAAUGACACAUUUAUAGAACAAUGUGUAAACGUAUGAUUGAAUGAGGGGUGGGGGGGAGAAUAUGUUGCCUUUUAGGGUCCAAUAGUUGUGGAAUAAUGUUUGACACCUUGUACAUUUAUUUACGUAUUUAUUUUAUGGGUGUUUUUAACACCAUGCUCAAGGCUUUUUCACUUACGUACAGUGACAGCAGUUAUGUUUAAACAUCAAAAGCUGGAUUUUUACACACAAACUCAAUGGUAAGGGGCAUGUUGAAACAAAUCAAUGCUUUGACUAUCUGAACCACUCUGAGGGCCCCACGGAACACCAACCUUCAGUUUUGAUAUAUUUGCUGUCUUUUAGUUAUGUUAGGAACUAGUUUUGGGGUUUCUGUUGUGAGAUGAACAUUGAAGGCUUCUUACUGAGUUUUGUCCCAUUUUUACACCUGACCAUAUUGCAGAAUCAAAGAAGAUUAAGAAAACAUAAAUUAAUAUAUGUUAAUCAUGUUAAAAUAAAAGGUUGGUUUGUGGAUGAUGGGGAACAUAUAUACUUCAUGUACUUGUAGGCAUGUAUCUGUUAUAAUUAGUUUUUGUAGAUCAGCCAAGAUGCCCCUUGAUACCUUUAUUUGUGGGAGCUGCCAUGUGACAUUCAAUGACAUUGAACACUUCAUUGUCCACAAGAGAGAUGGCUGUGGGGCUCAAGAGGGGGUUGAUGAGAACCUGGGUCAGUCGGUGACAUAUACAGUACAGAUGGAAGGGGUGGCUACUACAGAAGCAGAUGGGAAUUUCACCACACCCGAGGGACAGGACAUCACAACAGUAGUCUUCCCUACAGGUGGGGAAGAGCAGUCUCAGAUGGUGGAGUUAAGCACCCCUGACAUGCCUGAGGCAGACAGUUCAGAAGGACCAUAUUCUCAGACACUGCUGAUUGUCACCACAGCCUCACAGAAAAAAACAACAGGUAAAAAACGAGGGCGAGGGAAGAAGAAAGAGCCUCCACCAAAACAGCCAGAAAAGUUACCCCUUCCUGAUAAAAGUACUGAUGGAAAGUAUCACUGUAAGCGUUGCAAGAAGGCGUUUGGGAAAGAGCGUCACUUCCUGACUCAUCGCUGCAUGGCCGCGUCCGACUAUGUGGACAUCUCCAAGAGGGACGUUGUGAAGCUGGAAGGUGAUGAGGAUGGUGAUGAAGAUGAGGAUGAUAUUAACAUGUCCAUGGAGGUAGAGGACAGUGAUGAGUACAAGUUGCCAGCCACUGUGACCAACGAGGAUGGAGAGUUGGAAGAAAAGGGUGAAACAACUCCAGAAGCGGUCAGCAAUAUCCUAGUUACAGAUGGUGACACAGAAGCCUUGGUGGACAAAUCAUCAGAGAUUGUACAGGACCUUCCCAUCUUCAAUAAUACUGAUGAGAAAACAGCAUUUGAGGAAAGUUUGAAUGUCGACCUCAGCGGACUUGAUGGGAUGUUUCGUGUCCACAUGAUCGAACAGGACUUAAACGAAAAUGCCUCUCAGCCUUCACGGCAUUCAGGCAGUAACUGCUUCUUUCUCUACUCCUGUAAAACCUGUACCAAAGUGUUCAAGACCUUGUCUCACAUGAGACUUCACUGUCUUAUUCACACAAAGCUCAAGCCAUUCAAGUGUACAAAGUGUGACUACACAUGUAAUUCUAAAGGUAACCUCUAUACCCAUAUGAGGAAGCACACAGGCCAGUUUUACACUUGUUCUGACUGCGAUUUCAAAACUGUCAACAAGAGUCAUCUUAUAGAGCACAAAUCCACACAUUCUCUGGAGAAACAUCAGUGUGAGAUGUGCAAGAAAGAUUACAAGACUGUGAAAUCUCUGAUUAACCACAUCCGUAAGUAUCACUCUUCAAAACGUGGCAAGGAAUAUCUGCAGCGUUUUACAACAGGCAGGCAGUCGCGUGGAAUGACCAUCAUCCACCAGUGUCACGUUUGUAACAGGAAGUUCAAGAAGAAGAUCGACCGUGACAGACAUCUUUUCACCCAUGACAUCAAAGACACGCCCAAUGUGAAGCACUGUGAGCUGUGUGAUUAUUCGGCCAGUCGCCGCGUCUACCUGGAGAACCAUUUCCUCAAGCAUAGGGUGGUUUACCAGUGUUGCGAGUGUCCGAAGCGCUUCCUGAGUUCAAUCCGUCUGAUUGACCACCUCAGCAGUCAGCAUGGUAAGGACAAUUCUGCCGUGAAAUGGGAAGCACUGUUUGAGAAGUGUAUAGACUGCAGUUACUUCUUGCCUGAACCAGGACUUGUCACUGGCCAAUCAGAAAGCAUGAUUGUCAAUCUCCCAUCAGAGUUGUCCAGCGAGAGUACUUCAGCUUUGAGCGGUUUGCAGGGUAGCGACUCAAAUAGUUACUUGACGGUCACAGACAAUGGUGAGACUACCGAAGCCGGAGACGCUGGUCAAACUGAGACUUUGUCAGCGGAUAUGAUAUCAGGUAAUGACGAAGAGGUCAGCACAACAGAGAAAACAGCCAACAAGGAAAAUUCAGAGGAGGAAACUGCUAAAAAUAAAGCAGCAGAAGAGACAAGGGCAGAAGACAGGGGUGUGAAUGUCUCUGCACCAGAUAGAGAUAAAACAGGCGAGGCUACAGAGGUUGAAUCAGGGCUGCAUAUAGCUGACACAGAAGGGCAGGCGGACAAACAGACAGUCACACCCGUGGACGCAAAAGCCGGCGGACAGGCCUUGGUAAAGCAGCCUGGCAAAAAGGGCGGCAAAAGGGGUAAAAACAAGUCUGCUGUUAAGGUUAGUGUGGAUGAGUCUGAUGAGAGUGGAGACGGUCUGGCGAUGAAGGAGACCCAAGAGACAGAGACAGAUCUGAUCACCAGGCUGGGAUUUAGGCAGAUGAACAUGAAGAUCUUCCACAAGAUGAGGGAGACAUUCGGGGAGGAGGAGUGUGAAUACUGUGGCCGGCUGUUCUUCAAUAAGUGUGAUUACGAGCCUCACCUUCGCACGCAUACAGGAGACAAGCCAUGGUCAUGUGACAAGUGCUCCUACCGGGCGAUAACAAAGGACAACUUGAAGCGACACGUGGAACGGGAACAUGAGAAAGUGACGUUCCCGUGUGCGGAGUGUGAGUUUAUCGCCACCAGUCGCACUCAGCUGUGGAGUCAUCAGCUCAAACACAAGGGCAUGUCCACCGUCGAGUGUCCAGUCUGUAAGGAAACAUUUGAAACGUUGAAGGACCUGACAGCCCACGGGACGGCCAGCCACCCUGACGUUCCGGAAAUGGACUGGCAGAAGACUCAGGGCUAUGUUCAGAAAGCUCAGGGAAAGAUGGGGCGCCGCUCGUACAAAUGUCCAUACUGUGAGAAAGUGUUUUUCCGUGCCAGUUCUGAACUGCAGAAACACUUGUGGAUUCACCAGGGUAUCAAGCCAUUCAAGUGCCCCCUCUGCCCUUAUGCCUGUCGCAGCAACAACAACCUGCAGGCCCAUAUGCUGCGACAUUCCAGUGAUAAACCCUUCUUGUGUACGGAGUGUGGUAAAGCGUACAAGUCCAGGACAGCCUUACUGUGGCACACACGCUCACACAAGGGAGGGAAACUCUUCAAAUGUGACAGGUGUCCGUAUGAGGGCAGCCAAAAGAGCCACCUAAACCGUCAUAUGGAGACCCACAACGUGCAGAAGAGGUUUGCAUGUGACCACUGUGAAUUCUCCUCCAACACCAUAGGUUACAUGAAGACCCACUACUCGCGCCAGCACAGGGGCAAGGUCUUUCACACCUCGCAGCUCGGACAGGUGGCCCGCCCCACCAAGGCCACGCCUGCUGAGACCAAGGUGUACCGCUGCCUGUCCUGUGACUACCUGUUUGGGAACUUGAGUGACAUGAAGCGCCAUUUGAAGGAGCGUCACCAUGUGCUGGUGGACAACAUCUACAGAGUGGACACGCCAUCGCUAGGCUUCCAGCAGGAGACCACGUUACAGCCAGAUGCCACACCCCAGCAGACAAACGUGCAGGUUGUACAGAUUGAGGGACAGGACUCCAGUUUAACACCCUCAGAGCAGGAUGCUGGGGCAGCACUGCAGGCACUACAGAACGCUGGCACUUUCUCUGUCCCUUCCCAAGACAUGGAUGAGAAGACAGCAUCAGCAGUGAAUAUCCUGCAGCAGAUUAUUGACAUGUCACAGCAGGGUGCAUUUGGUCAGCAGCAGAUAACUGUACAAGCUGAAGACGGCCAGAUGUUAGACGUGGAUCCAGAGACAAUCAUAGUUCAGCAGGCAGAGGAGGUGGUCAUGUCUUCUGACGGAACGCCCCUAGAGGUAGACCAGCAGUACGUCAUACAGUAUGUCACCCCAGAAGACAUCAUUGCUCAGGAGGGGGGCCCUCGUGAGACCCAAGUGAUUCAAACACAGGAGGCUGCCUCUCAUGAAUCCAAAGACAUUGCCACACAGGAGGUGAUUCAGGAGGGGGUCCAUCCAGAGCCUCAGAAUGUUAUUCUUCACCAGGUGUCAGAAGAUCAGAGCAUUAUCUCCCAGGAGGGGUUGAUUCUGGAACCUCAAACUAUAGAGUCUGUUGCCAUGGAGAUUGUGGCCGAUCAAGAGGUUGCCACGACAGUCUGAUACUUGGACAACCUUUGUGUUUAACAUUCAGAAAUGUCAUUUAUUUGAAUUUGGAGGUAUUGAAAGCAUUGUUUUUCUAUGAAUAAGCCACAUUCCCAUUUUGGGUGGUUGCCAUAUUUCAGUCAAAAUGUCAUGAGCUUUCAGCUUUUACAGCCUGAGUGCUCAUUUUCUCUCCAGCAUAUGUGACAUACCCAACAGAUGCAUGCUUACUACAUUGAAUGUCUAUUUCAAUGAAAUGCAAUAUGGCAAGUGAUAUUCCUACCCUAUAACUUCUGUAAAAAGCAAUCGAGAAACUGAAAAUACCAAGUAUAAGAUGGUUCCUUUGAGAUGUUUCUGUUUUAUUAGCUGUAGAGAAAAGCUUCAGCUUGAAACUGUAAAGGCCUCUCCGCUCUAGGUGGUAAUUUGACAACAGCUGCUCUCUAGUGGUGAAUGUUCUAGUCGCUGCUUAAAAUGUGAAUGUGGUUUAUACAUGAACAUCAGGUUUUAUUUGAAAUAUAAAGGCUUAUUCAUUUGCAUUGAGGUUUGGUGAUGGGGGGAGGUUAUUUCACUGAGCAAGCAUCAUAGAAAAUACGUACACGCAUCCUUGACAAGAGGGAAACCAGAUCUGGUCAUUGUGUUACGGGAAACAAGUCAACUUUUAUUCGUGAAGAGUUACACAGCAGUUUUGUGCAGCUGCAUGAAAUUUAUUUAUUCCAUUCGCACUCAAGAAUAUUUUACUUAUAUGACGGCGGCCAGCGUUGUGGUGGGAGGAAACCGGUCAGAGCCGGUGGAAACCCACGACCAUCCACGGGUUGCUGCCAGAUGUACAGCCAGAGAGGAAGCUAGCAUGAGCUGGACUUGAACAUGUAAUUUAUAAUGGCUCAGGCCAUCAACAUAGCAGGACAAAAACAUUUCAGGUUACUUUUGUAGAAAUCAGAAUUGUAGAAAAUAACAUGGAAACAUUCAGGAAACAUCUUAUUUAUUCUGUAAUGAAGUACAUGUUCAACACAACUGAAAAAGUUAGGUGAUAUACAUCAUUGGAGACGCCACGUGGGAAUGGUGAUGACAUUAAAAUUUUCUCUUGUUCCAACUGUAUUGAUUUGCAUGCUAAAGAAUUUCAUGUGCAUUGAAUUAGUUUAAAUAGGAUUUAAUGGGGAUUUCAAAAUGAGUCCUAUGUAAUGUGGGUUUAUUGGUUUAUAUGGGAUUCGAAUUUUAGGAGAGUUUUCAUUUAGCCAAAAUGAUGAACAUGACAUGUUAAAAUGAAUUGAUCUUUUAUUUCUAUCAUUCAUUUUUACACAGUGUAGAAUUUUAUGAACAUUGAUGUCAUUGUAAAUACGAUCCAGUGGAUUGGUGCCACAGACAUGAUGUGUUAAAAGAUGUUAAUAGCUACUUUGAAAGGCAUAAUUUUGUAGGAUUUUGUUAAUUAUUUGAACAAAAUAAAACCAGAUGACUGGCUUUGACCUUAUAAAUCA